AUGGCCAACCCCCUCGACGGCCCCCCGGGCAGCGAACUCUUCUCCUCCUACGAAGCCGAGCUCCGCCUCGUCACAGCCGACAUAUCGCAAAAACUCGACUCUCUUCCCACCCUCACCGCCGAACCGCGCAAAGCCACUCUAUCCCAAACUUCCCGCGCGCUAGAAGAAGCCGACGAGCUGCUCGGGUCCAUGCGGUUGGAGAAGCAGAAUAUCCCUUCAGUGCAGAAACAGAAAGUCAACCAGCGCUUUCGGAACCAUGAGAGCGAUGUCGAUGCGUUGAAGCGGAAGCUAAAGGGGCUGGAGAGCGAUGACCGCGCGAGAUUGUUUGGGGGACGGUAUACGGAUAACCCCGGCGAGAACGGCGGCGGGGAUGCUGGGGUGGAGCAGAGACAGCAACUGCUUUCUGGCACGGAUCGGUUGGAGAGGAGUUCGGGGCGGUUGCGGGAGAGUCAGCGGAUCGCGCUCGAGACGGAGGAUAUUGGGCGCAAUACGCUGGCGGAUUUGGGGAGGCAGAGGGAGACGAUUGAGCAUACGAGGGGGACGUUGUUGGAGAACGCUGAAGGGGAUGGCGAGACGGUGGGUUCCGGCGAGUUUGUGGGGAUAGAGGGAGCUUGA